UGAGUCUCGCGCAGGCUGGUGUGAACCCUCAUCACACGCGGCCACAUUCUUCAACACGGUGACAUUCACCGGCGGUCCGUCCCGCGCCGGAAACGCAGCGCUUCUCCAGGCAAACAACAGACAGGCACCCAGCGGGGCAUCACACGCACCGAGUCCGCCGACGGACAUCGGAGGGGGAGGCGAGAGACGCGCGCAGCACCUUACCGCACAUACUGAACGAGGACCAUGGAGAGCGGAAGCAACGGCUCGGACGCGAAUUACGGGAGCCAGAUCCCCGUGAUUUACACCAACAGCAGCUUCUGUGGGAACUUCAGCGACGGCAACAACACCACGAGCUUCACGGAGGCGCCAUGCCACAGGGAACGCGGACUGACCGGCAUCAUAGAGGACGACGCCAACCCGGUUAUCAUAGCGAUUGUUAUCACCGCUCUCUACUCCAUCGUGUGCGUGGUGGGGUUGGUUGGAAACGUGCUGGUCAUGUAUAUCAUCGUAAGAUACACCAAAAUGAAGACCGCCACCAACAUCUACAUCUUCAACCUGGCUCUGGCCGACUCCUUGGUCACCAGCACGCUGCCAUUCCAGAGCGUCAACUACCUGAUGGGGACUUGGCCGUUUGGAGACAUACUGUGCAAGAUGGUGAUGUCCAUCGACUACUACAACAUGUUCACCUCCAUCUUCACGCUCACCACCAUGAGCAUCGACCGCUACGUCGCUGUGUGCCACCCAGUCAAAGCGCUGGACUUCAGGACACCGCGUAACGCCAAGAUUGUCAACGUCUGCAACUGGAUCCUCUCCUCGGCCAUCGGGCUGCCUGUCAUGUUCAUGGCCUCCACCGCUGUAACCGUUAGAGAAAAAUCCAGCAUCGUUGACUGCAAACUGAUAUUCCCCCACCCCUCCUGGUACUGGGACACCCUGUUGAAGAUCUGCGUCUUCAUCUUUGCCUUCAUCAUGCCUGUCCUCAUCAUCACCGUCUGCUAUGGCCUUAUGAUCCUCCGGCUGAAGAGUGUGCGCAUGCUAUCGGGCUCCCAGGAGAAGGACAGAAACCUGCGUCGGAUCACCCGUAUGGUCCUGGUGGUGGUUGCAGUCUUCAUUGUGUGCUGGACGCCUAUCCACAUCUUUGUCAUCCUCACAGCUCUGAUCAAUAUCCCCAGCUCCACGCUGCAGACUAUCACCUGGCACUUCUGCAUUGCCCUGGGCUACACCAACAGUAGUCUGAACCCGGUUCUUUACGGCUACCUGGAUGAGAACUUCAAGCGUUGUUUCCGUGAGUUCUGCACCCCGAGUCCCUCGGUGUUAGAGAUGCAAAACUCGUCCCGGACCGGAGCCACCAGCCGCAAGCUCCCACAGCGCGAACACCACAGUGCAAACACAGGAGAAAGGUCCAAUCAGCAGGUAUGACUAGCCUUGGAGGGGUCGUCGGUGGACUCUCGCUGUUGUGGCGGCGUUGCCAACGACGAUCUCAACUCAGAGGUCACGCAGGUCACCACAGGGCUCUGACCACACAAACGCAAACAACUCAUACACACAAACAAUCCAGGCUCAUGACUGAGACUCAAUAGCACAGACUGUUUUGACGAUGUGUCGCAAGCUUAACUGCAGCGCUGCAUCAGGUCAGGCCGUUCACCUGCCGGGCAGUCUAACUGUUACUAACUGCAUGGCUGAGCAAGGCUUUUACUCUUACUGAAACACAUACAGAGAUGGGUUUAAGACAGAUUAAAACAGAAACCAAGUAUCAUUACAGUGCCCCUCCUGACUGAAGAAGCUGUUGCUUUAAAUUGUGCAUUACAGCUUUAUAGAAUUUUUUAUUUAGUUUUUAUUAUUAUUAUCAUUACUAUGACAAGAUAGACUAUACAGACUGAACAUGUGCAGUAAACAAAGACAGACAGAUCUAUAAAAAUCUAUAAAAGCCGCCCACACACCACACUAAUGUUUUUUUUUUUUUUUUUUUGUACGCUCCAGACAAAGCUGCCUCAUUGAUCUAAACCUCCUCUCCUAACCGUUCUCCUGUCGCAGAUACUUGUCUUGUUUGCAGAGUUAAUAUGACUUCAGUCCAGUCAGUCACUUUUCCUCCUGAUGUUUUCUAUUUGUACGUGCAAGAGGACAGUGUAAGGUGCCAGGAAAUGUGGAUUAAUGGGAGUUGACUGGACGGUAAAUAAUCUGAUCUGAUUUUGGACUUGUGAGAGAGGCUCUGCGGCUCCCUCACCACAUGAAGACAUCACUGGACAGGAGGUGUUAUUCAAAGUCAUUUACAGCACAAACGGUGCUCCCUGUCCACCCUCUGUAUGGAGUCCACCCUAUUAACACUGCUCUCAUUGAUUGAUCUCCACAGCACCGUGCUGGCUUUGGUCACUUCAGGAAAAUUGACUGUGUUGACGUACAGCUGUGCUCCCUCCUCUCCAUUCACCUAACCCUUUGUUUUAUAUACUGCCCCUUCAGUCUCCAUCCUUUCAUUUCCUUCUUCGAUCUUUGUUCUGUCUCUGUGAAGCUGUUUUCUACGCUUUUGCUGGACUUUAUCAUUAAGUACACAUACAGUAGAGCGCCUUAUGUUCUCUCUGCUGAAUCUGACAAACUUCUGAAUGUACAGAGUGAGAACCAGCUGUGUGCAUCACACUGGAUCCUUGUGCUGAACUGUGGAUCCUCUAAACCAGCAAAGGCGAUGGCAGCAGCCUGUUUGCGCAGCUCACAGAGCGUGCUAUUGUGGCAUAUAGUGUGAACAUGUGUGUCUACCAGUAUAUGAUUAACCACAGCGUAACAGCCAUUAUAACAGCAAUUGGUUUUAUUGGAGUUACUUCUCCUCUGAAUAAGUUAACAAGUGAGCCAAGCAGGAUUGUACAUCUGUUGUAAUCUUUAGAAUUGCUUGUGCUUGACGUAUCGUGCUGUAUGCUAUACUUGCCAGUUGCCUUUACAGUAGCUCUACUCGAUAUUCUGUGUACCAGUAUUUUUUUUAAUGAUCUGUAAAGAUGAACAUGAUUGUAUUACCCUCCCAUGUAAAAUACUUUAAGUGUCCUGUUGCUUUUUUUAUAAACAUGAAACCAUGAAUUUGCCAGAAGAUGAUUUCUGAUGAUCACGGUGGACCAGCAAGUCAUUGCGAUUCUAAAUAUUUGUCAUAUUGAAGCUGCCUCGUGAACUGAAGAGAUAUUAACCGAAAAACAAUGUGUGUAAAAGCUUAAAUUGUGAAUUCCAAAAUGAAUGCAGAGUUUAACUUUAUCUGUUUCAUGUAGGGUUUUUGUUUUUGUUUGUUUGUUUGUUUGUUUUGACUUAAAACUUGUGUAUCAAGAUGUCACUCUGUACAUACAGACGGUCUGUUUUUGGUAUCGCUGCUUUCAGUCAAUUUUGAAAGAAUAUACAAUAGACUGUUAUUAUUUGCAGUAUUUCAGGCGACCAGCCACCAUGACAGAAAAUAUGUUUAAAGGUUACUUCACCCACAAAAUUAGCAUUUGUAUAUCAAUCAGUCACCCCAUGUUACGUUGAAUCCAUGAAGAAAAUUUUGUUUCUCUUGCAUGCCUCUGGUGAACGAAGGAUCUAAAACCUUAGAAAAUUUUGGAUGAAUUAAAGUCAUAGGGGUCCGCUUUUGACAACAACAACUAUAUCGAAAUAUCUGUUUCUCCAUUUAUCCAGUCGUAUGCUCAGUACGUCCCUAACACAUGCAUGUUUGCUAAAACCGUACUAUUUGAAAGACUUGUAGGUAAACAGCCUUACCCACAGAAGAGUAGUGCGCCUAGGCAAGUGUGUGCGUUUGAACUCCGCUCAAUUGAAUCGACAACUGAAGUUCAAAAGGACAGUUUAGAGUCACCAAUUAACCUGCAUGUCUUUGGACUGUGGGAGGAAGCUGGAGUACCCGGCGAAAACCCACGCUGACACAGGGAGAACAUGCAAACGCAUAGAAGGGCUCCCUGCUGGAGGGAACCCUCUUGCUGUGAGGUGACAGUGCUAACCACUGCGCCACAGCGCCACCCUUGUUACGAUAUAUAUGUUAUUUAAUACUUGAGGAGAUGAUUCACCGCCAUAGACACCACCAUUUGAUAUAUUUCAGGCUGAUGGACUGUGGUGAAUUGAGAUUGUUAAAGCUGUUUAACAGUUAACCAUUAGCUAGUUAACAACUGUUAGUUAACUUAACUUAAUAUAUAAGUGCGCAGUGCAUCUUGGGAUAGGCUGGGUCACAAAGGAUUCAUCCGUUGCAUCCUCCAAAUUCUGGCAAAGAAGGCUGCAUUUCUCAGCCACAUUUGAAGGAGCCUUCAAAAUGGGACAACCUUGGUUGCACCAAUGUGACACUAUCAGUCUUCAAAUGCAGCCUUCGAAGGCUGCAGCCCCUGAAUUGUGACACAGCUUUUGUAAGUGGAUGCUCUAAUAUAGUUUUGCUGUUGUUAAAUGUGCCCUUGUAUGAUUUCAGUUCCUCAAGAAUUAUAUCCAUUUUUGUAUUUUUCGUUCACCUGAGGUGUGCAAGAAAGGCUGAGUGGUUUUCAUGAAUUGAACUCAGCACGGGGUGAGUAAGUGAUACACAAAUGAUCACUUUGCUGGAAAAGUAUUCCUUUAAAAACACAAGGCCAAAUUGAGAUUGAAAUAUUACAGAAACAGCAGCUGAGUCUGGCUACAUGAGGCAUCGAGUGUCACAUGCUGUAUCUCAUGCGACAAAAUGUACAAAAUGUUUCAUCUCACAAGAAACACAUUAUGUGCAGGAAACAAAUGUUGAGGGGGCAAGUGUCACCUUUGUAGGCUGGGAAUGGUGGAGGCUGGUGUAGCAACCUGCCAGUGAUGUUUAUCCAUCAUGAGACGAAGAUAACGAUACAUUCUCGGGCACAAAAGGUGACUUUUGGCAUUUGUACCAUUAAGAGUCAUUGUGCAGUGGGCGACACUUGGUGUACCAUACAGAAUAUUCUCUUGAUUAGAAAUUAAAAAUAUACAUAAUGUAUAAUUUCAUGCUGUCCAUGAUCUGCACACAUGCCACCAUUAAACUCUUUUUUUUACAUACAUAAUUUGCUCAUUACCUGUAUUCUAGUCUUGAAAUGACGUUGCUUGUAAUCUAAUGUACAGACGAUAAUUUCUACUUUAUGUACGACACUCUGUAACACAAAACAUAUAAUUUUACUGUUAAUCAGUGCAUUGUCUAUGGAAUAAAAUGUAAUUCAGAGCCUCACUGAAUGCCUUUUGUUCUUGCAUCUGAAUAAAGCAUCAUCUGCA